CUUUGCUCCCUGCAGUUGUUACUGUCAGUCAGUUUGUCUGUUCAACGCGUCGUCAUCAAGAAGCAGACUUUCUCCACACUCUCUUAUUAAACUCAACGUCCAUCGGUCCGUUGCGUUGUCCAUCACGUCACACACGGGAGACCUAAUCGCUCGCACCAACUUCUGUAAUUACGAUCAUUCAACACGAGACAAGACUAUCAAGAUGAAGUACAACACUAUUGCGUUGGCGUUGGGUGCGCUUGCUAUGGGCGUGAGCGCUCAGGGUGUUGCACCCGAAGUCCAGUCCUCCGUCCUCAUGGAGCUCGCGCAGGCGAUCCCUUCUGAUCAAGUCGCCUACGCGAUCGCCUCGUCGUCUGCCUUCGCCGCUGAAAUGGCAUCCUCGCUCGCUGCCGGCAACACACCAGCCUGGUACCAAGCGCUCCCUACCGACGUCCAGAGCCUGCUGCCCGAGAUCUACCCGGCCAUGGUGACACCGACACCUACUCCCACCCCAUCGUCUAGCGCGUACGUCGCGAAGAGCAGCAGCGUUGUUGAGACUUCCAGCUCUGCUGUGGUUACCCCUUACCCCACCGGAAGCAACAGCACCAUGGCCAUGCCUACCAUGAGCGCUACCGGCAGUGUCACCGUCUCGCUGAGUCCCAGCGGCAGUGCUUCCCCGUCCCCGGAAACCCCUCCUUUCGAAGGUGCUGCCUCCAAGAUGUCCGUCGGCGCUGGUCUCGGUGCCGCGGUCCUGCUUGGCCUGCUCGCUUUGUAGACAUACCUUGGCUUGUCUAUCAACUUGCUACUGUACCUUCGUAGCACUGGACCGCUGGGUACGAUAGCGGCUGGUUGCUCCUCUUCACUCUAACGUUUCUUUACGACGCGAUGCUCUUAUCCUUCUUGGGAAAACGAUUCGCAAUAUACCUUUUUGACUUUU